AUGACGCACACUAAUAGAGCUCCCUACUAUCAUUGCAAAUAUGAUCAUAACUUACCGCGGCUCGACGAAGCGUCUCCAAAUUCUAUAUACCCUCAAGGUCGACAAGGAAACUUCAAUGGAGAAGAGGCAAUAUCACAAUUAAUCUUUCCGACACAUACCUGGGACUAUGACUUACAAUCUGAUGAUGAGCUGGCCCUAUCCUUUGAUGUUAUUGGCUGCUCUACGAAUCAUUAUUGCAGGAAUAGAAGUGCCAAUACCGAAAUGAGUGACUGCGAUGAAUAUAAAUUUGAACAAGUCCAGGUAUCAAUAUCGAGAUCUUUCCCAGGAAUAAUAGACGUGCCGACCAAUCUCGAUGGCGGACUCAAUUUCGAGGACUUUGAGCUUUUCGAUUCCCGAUGCGAGGAAUGGGAAGAAUUUCAUGAUCUUUGGCUCGAACCAUCCAUGUCGACUGAAAGCUCAAAGCCUAACCUUGAUGAUAAUCAGAGUUGCAAGAGUUUUGAUAGAUUUGAUACAUCAAGAAGUUCUGAAAUGAGCUUGUAUCACGAAAACUUUUGUUCACCUCCUCCAAACUCUUGGAGUAGCUCUUGGAGUAUCAACGAUGAGUCCAUGAUUUCACUACCUAAAAGCUAUCCAGGAGACUAUGUCGAGGCCUCGAAUUCUGAAUUCAUAGUCGGUGUUGGCCAGUGGAUAUGUGGAACGGUGGUCGAACCAAAUGAUCUAGAAGAUGAAUCGUAG